UCUUGUGACACCUCAGUUAUUUAGUCCGUCAACGCCGCCUGACCUGCGUGGCUGCGUCUGAUCAGGUAUCGAUCCCUGAUCAGGUUUGAUUACAGGGCUUCCCUCUCUGUCGAAUAGACAACAUGCUGCGCGUGACGGCGGCCGCGCGCCAGUCUUGGAGGGGGUUCAGGACGUUCCCUCGCUCCUCGGUGGAGGUGAAGAACGAGCCGAUUCUCAGCUUCUUGGAGGGCAGCGAGGAGAGGAGAGACCUGCAGGAGGCCCUGGAUGGUCUGAAGGGGCAGACGGAGGAGAUCCCGUGUGUGGUGGGAGACGAACACAUCUGGACCAAAGACGUCCGCUUCCAGCUGUCGCCGUUCAAUCACUCCCACAAAGUGGCAAAGUUCUGCUACGCUGACACGGAGCUGAUCAAUAAAGCCAUCCUGGCGUCCGUGGCGGCGAGGAAGGAGUGGGACCUGACACCGGUCCAGGACCGGGCCCAGGUCCUCUUCAGGGCCGCAGACCUGCUCAGUGGCCCCCGGAGGGCCGAGGUCCUCGCCAAGACCAUGAUCGGACAGGGUAAGACGGUGGUUCAGGCCGAGAUCGACGCCGCCGCCGAGCUCAUCGACUUCUUCCGGUUCAACGCCAAAUACGCCGUGGAGCUGGAGGCGCAGCAGCCGCUGGACGCCGACGGCAGCACCAACACCAUGCUGUACCGCGGACUGGAGGGCUUCGUCGCCGCCGUUUCUCCGUUCAACUUCACCGCCAUCGGUGGGAACCUGGCGGGAACGCCGGCGCUGAUGGGCAACGUGGUGCUGUGGAAGCCGAGCGACGCCGCCGUGUCGUCGAGCUACGUGGUGUACCGCGUGCUGAGGGACGCCGGCCUGCCGCCGCACGUCAUCCAGUUCCUGCCGGCCGACGGCCCGACCUUCGGGGACGCCGUCACCGCCUCGGAGCACCUGGCGGGGCUCAACUUCACCGGCAGCUACCAGACAUUCAAGCGUCUGUGGAAGCAGGUCGCCCAGAAUGUGGACGCCUACCGGACGUUCCCUCGCCUGGCCGGAGAGUGCGGCGGUAAGAACUUCCACUUCGUGCAUGGCUCCGCCCACGUGGCCAGCGUGGUGCGCGGCACGCUGCGCUCGGCCUUUGAGUUCGGGGGUCAGAAGUGCUCCGCCUGCUCCAGGAUGUACGUCCCCGACCGGCUGUGGCCGCUGAUCCGGGAGCAGCUGCUGGUCGCCCACGGGCAGCUGAGGGUGGGCGACCCCGUUGAAGACUUCAGUACUUUCUUCUCGGCUGUGAUCGAUGACAAGUCGUUCGCCCGGAUCAAGAAGUGGCUCGAUCACGCUAAGACUUCGUCCACUCUGAAGGUCGUGGCCGGCGGUAACUAUGACGACAGCAAAGGUUACUACGUGGAGCCCACCAUCAUCGAGACCUCAGACCCCCUGGACCCCAUCAUGAGCGAGGAGAUCUUCGGGCCGGUUCUCUCUGUCUUCGUUUAUCCGGAGAACGAAUACAAAGAAGUUCUGCAGCUGAUCGACAAAACGUCUCCGUACGCCCUGACGGGGGCCGUGUUCGCCCAGGACAGGAAUGUGAUCGCCGAGGCCGCUAAAGCUUUGAGGAACGCGGCGGGGAAUUACUACGUGAACGACAAGUCCACCGGCUCCGUGGUCGCCCAGCAACCGUUCGGUGGAGCCAGAGCUUCAGGAACCAAUGACAAACCCGGAGGUCCUCACUACAUCCUGAGGUGGACGUCUCCUCAGGUGGUGAAGGAGACCCAGCAGCCCCUCCCGGACUGGAGGUACCCUUACAUGGGCUGAGCCCCCCCCCCCCCCCCACUGACCUCCUGUGAGGAGACACGAGGAGUCCAAAUGGAGCAGGGACACCCGGCCCGUAGCUCCGCCUCCGGGUCAUUGGUUGCCGUCCAAUCACGUUUGUGGUCAGAGACGAACGCUUCACACUAUAAAGACACAUUCAUAACAUUGAUAUAUAUUUUGUAUCUAAAUUAGAAUCUGAGAGAUUUGAUUGAAUGAUUAGUUUCUGAUGAGUGGAGAAAGAAAACGAAGAAUUCUGAACAUUCACUUAUUUACUAAGAUAUUAAACUGGAUUUCUUUGCAUUUGAAUAUUGAAGAUUGAAUAUUCAAAAUAUAUAAAUGUCAGUUUAUGAUCACGUUGCAUUUUUAAGGUGCUUAAAAUGUUCAUAAUGACUUUCUGCUGUUGGUCUUUUAACCGAGCGGCGGAGCUUUCAGUGUUUCAAUGUUCCGCCAGAACCUGACACCCGAGGGAACGUGGCAAUUUAGAGAUAGUUAUACUUUUUGACAAUAAUUAAUAAAAUAUUAACAUCGA